AGAAAGAAGUUUCUGGAAAUCGUGUGCCAGAAGAUCAUUUCAAUUUUCCUGAGACUUUCAGUUGAGUUCCUUCCAUAAAUUCAAUCUUGCAGCAGCUGCAAGCGUCGGUGCCUUCUGCGGAGUUGAAGUUCAAUCCCUUUGCCUACAAUGGCGGACGAUUUCUUUGGAUAUCCUCUUCGGCGCUUCUUCUGGAGCCCUGCCGUGUUCCGGGAACCGUUCGGCGCCGUUGCGCUCUUGGACUGGCUCGAAACAUCCAAUGCUCACACCUUCAAGGUUAACGUUCCAGGUUUCAGCAAAGAUGAGAUAAAGGUCCAGGUUGAUGAGGGAAACAUUCUGCACAUAAAAGGAAGCAGGGGCAAAGAGGAACCUGUUGCGAAAGAUACCAUUUGGCAUUUAGCCGAAAGACAGAGAGAGAAGAGGGAAUUUUCAAGGGAGAUUGAAUUGCCUGAAAAUGUUAAAGUGGACCAAAUUAAAGCUCAAGUCGAAAAUGGUGUCCUCACCAUUGUUGUGCCAAAAGACACAGCCACAAGAUCAUCAAAGGUCAGGAACAUCAACAUUACCAGCAAGCUUUGAGAAUGCUAUCCAUAUCCAAAUUGAUGUGCUCAGCUACAAAAAGAGGUAAGUAUUUUUUUUUUUUUAAAUUUCAACAUUUCUCUAAGUUCGUUUCUAGAGUAGGUCAAUAUCCAUCUACGUAUCAAUAUUUUCAUCCGUUAUAUUGUUAACAUAUGGAUAUAUGGAUGCAAUAUAAAGAGUGUCAAAAUAUAAGUGAUUUAGGUACAAAAAUAUGUAAAUUUUAAACAAAUAGUGUUUUUUUAAUUAUAGGAGGU